AUGGGGUCGGUGCACUGCGGGUGCCCAGCCUUCGAAGAAGGGCUGGAGGUAGUGCUGGAUGGCUGCACCAACUGCCAGCGCGUGGACGAUGAUGCCGAAUUCCUGGAGAAGGAUGGAAAUGUUUCCUUGCACAUCAAGGGCCGCAAGGAAGCGCUGGGGCGGCCUCUGUGGCUGCUGGUGGCCUCGAUGAACGCCGGGGAUGCGGAGAUCAAGCUGCAGAGCGACGCCUGGAUCCCCCGCAAGGGGCGCCUGAAGUCGGGGGAGGGCAUCUUCGACAUCAUCGCGGUGGGCGUGCAGGAGGCGGUCCUAGGUGCCCAGGUCACCUUGCCGAGGUCAGACGCCUCAUCGCCACGCCAUUGCAACGAGCUGCUGGCGGAGUUCCUAGGGCACCUGGGGAAGGACUACAAUGUGAUUUGUGCUCUCAGCCGGGGCGCCAUGUCUUUGAUGCUCUUCGCGUCGCGUUUCGGGCCCCCCAUCGACCGCAUCGAGACGGCUGCGGAGAACACGGGCCUGGCGCACGUUUGGCCCAACAAGGGGGGGCUGCUCGCGAAGCUGGAGGUGGGGGGGGCCUCCUUGUGCUUCAUCUCGGCGCACCUGGCGGCAAAGACCGGAAAGGUGCAGCGCCGGAACCAGGACGUGGCAGAGAUCCUUUGGGGCACCAAGGUCUCCGGGAUGGACCUCGAUGCUCCAUCCUAUUGCCAUCACAGCUUUUUCUUCGGGGACUUGAACUACCGCCUGGACUUGCCACAGGAUGUGGAGCAGGAGGAGGCUUGGGAAGUCGACAACGUUCUCUCACAGAUAGAGGCGAAGGACUUCAGGGGCCUCCUAGAGCAUGACCAGCUCCACGCGGAGAUGGAGGCUGGGCACGUGCUGCAGGGCUUCACCGCGGCCUGGCCGAGCUGGGCGCCCACCUACCGCGUGCUGCGGCGCGCGGGGAAUUUCUUCGACAGAGAACGGGUGCCCUCCUACUGCGACCGGGUGCUCCACCGAAGUCUGCCGGGCUGCCAAGGCGCCCUGCUGCUGCAGAGCUUCACCUCAGCGCCCGAGGUCCCAACCUCCGACCACAAGCCCAUCGUGAGCUCGUGGCAUCUUGGCUAUGUAGCCGCGCGAGUUAGUUGA